GACUACCAGCCCACAAUACACACACCAAACAUGAAGGCCUUUAUUGUGUUCGCCUGCUUAGCGGUGGCGACGGCUCGUGCCGGUAUCGCCGGUGGAUAUGGCGGCCACUAUGGUGGUUAUGGUGGUCACGGUUUGGCCAUCACUGGACACGGAAUCAACGGUGGACAUGGUCUGAGCGGUGGACUCGCCGCUGGCGCUGGAACCGCUGCCUCCCUCCAGGGUGGUGCCUCCAGCUUGGGAUCUGGUGGUCUUGGUGCCAGCUAUGCUGCUGGUGCUGCGGCGGCGGCUGGCGCUGCUGGAGUUCAGCAGAUCGUCUCCGGUGGAGUCUAUGGUGGCAGGUCUGACAUCGGACCCGCUGAGGGACCCAAGGCCAACGUUGGACCCCAGACUGGACCGUCUGAUCUUGUUGGACCCCAGGAAGGCGCCAAGUCCGUUGGUGGACCUCGCACUGGACCGGCCAGCCUUGUAGGACCCGCUGCUGGCCCAUCCACCCUUGUUGGACCGUCUCAGGGAACCGCCACCCUUGUUGGACCUUCCCAGGCUACCGCUAACCUCGUUGGACCUAGCUACGGAGGUGUUGCCUUCUACGCUGGUGCUGGCAAUGUUAACGGUGAUGAUGGAAGCUCUGGAGCUGCUGGAGCUGCCGCGCCCGGUGGUGGUCUCGGAGGUGGUCUCGGAGGUGGAUUCGGAGGUGGUUUCGGAGGUGGCGCUGGUGCCAUCGCUGUCAUCGGCGGUGGUGGUGGUGGAUUCGGUGGUGCCCUCGGUGGCGGUGAUGCCGGAGUUGCUGUGAUCAACGGACCGUCUGGCGCCAUCCACGCCGGACUCGGCGCUCACGGAGCUGUCAUCCCCGCGCCCGUUGGCAAGUGGUAGACGUUUUAAGACCCCAGCGAUCUCGGCUCGGCGACGGCGGCAAACCCACCACAGUCACUUACCGGUCUCAAACGAUCCUCAAACGCGCUCAACGUCUUCUUCCCAAAGCUUCGUCCAGUCUCGGAACAUGGUCGGGCCGCCUGGCGCUAGUGAUAUGAUCAGUAGACGCUCGGAAUAAACGCUCGAUCGGUCGUACGUAUGGACACCGCGAGCCGAAGAAGCGCGAACCGAAAGACGGACGCGUCCUGUCGGGUCUGAUAAGAUCGUCGGGGACGCGACACCGAGGUACGGGCCAUUCGUGAUCCGCGACUUGGCGUCGUUUUCUCCUCGUUAUCGACCCGGGUGUCCGUUACAGUCGGGCGACUUGGGUAAAAUUUAGUCAAUUUCCGUUCAUCGACCGACCGAUAGAGGGAAAUCGACUCGAGUCGCGAUUGCCGAUCUCGGUUGACGACCUUCCGGGGUCGUCUCAAACACCUCGUCGCUUCCCGACGCGCUUUCGCCCGCGAUCGGCGAGAAUGUCGCGUCUCUCGGACCACGAUACGACACCCACCGCGCACUCUCCGAGUCGUAACGUCACCCGUGCACACCCGCGAAGGCGUCACGCACACGCUGCACCGUCAUGGGCCUAGCCAGUGGACAAGCUUUGGUACUUCGUCUCGUCGGACCAACUGGAUCUGUUCUGUUUUCUGAACACCUACCGUUGUUCCGGCUAAACCUUCUUCUCUUACGUCUUCCACCAUCCGUAAGGCCGCCGCUCUUCACACACAUAUUACUAUUUCUCUCUUUUUCCAUGGGUCAGGGCGCGUCGCGCCCUUCCCACAUGUUGUUAUACUUACCGCCGCACCCAAGCAUACAUAUUAUUAUUACAUACUCGUCCAUGCGCAUAUGUCUUCUUUUUAUAUAUAUAUGUAUACAUACUAUUACUAUUACCUUCGCGCAUAUAUAUAUAUAUGAACACAUUGCCACACGCGCGCACACACACAC